AUGAAACCAGAACGCGAAAAUCGGCGUGUACCCUACAACAUACCUGCGGACUGGAAAGCUCUCUGGUUCAGCAAUCUCGACGAGCUGCAAAGAGUGAACGAUGCGAACGACAACAACACUGUUUCCAACGUCACGGUACAAUUGGGCGGCACCGCCUUUCUUCAUUGCAAAGUACGCAAUUUAGCAGAGAGGACCGUUUCCGAUGCCGAGAUAUCGUGGAUCCGGCGACGUGACUUUCACGUCUUAACAAGCUCUAUGUUUACAUACACGAACGACGAGCGAUUUCAAGUGUUGCAUCCCGAGGGUUCGGACGAUUGGACCCUUCAAAUAAAAUAUGUCCAAGAAAGAGACAACGGGACGUACGAAUGCCAGGUAACGUACCUUAUCAUAUGA